AUGACCCGAAACGGCCCCGCCGGAGCCUCGACGCGUCGAAAGGGCUACGAGUCGGUACAGAACGAUGCUUCCGAUGACGAGUCGCUGCUAGUCUCGGAAGAUAGUUUUGAAGAAGUUCGCCAUGACAAAGGAGCUGCAGGCGCUGGACUGUUCAGUGGCGAGUCUGAAGAUGAAGCUGAGGGCGAGGACGAUGUGAACCUACUGUCUGCGAAAGGAGGGAAACGAACGGAAUCACACCACGAGCCUGCAUCUGCGAGUGCCAGUCUCCCAACUGUGGAUGUACCCAGCGACGAACAGGAUGUGGAUGUCGGCCACUUCAUUGAGCAGGUUUUGGAUCGCGAGAGGAAGGAUAUGCUUCAGGAGUCGUUUGACACGGACUUGGAGGAUGGGAACUCAAACUUUGUUCUCAGUGACGAUGACGAUUACGGGAUUCCCCUUGUUAAAGGUUCGAGAGGGAAACCGAGAGAUAAGGAGGUCCGAGGCCGGAUGUCGGGAUUAAGAGCUUUGCUCCCGUUGAAGAAAUGGUGGCAUGCGAUUCCGCUGGGCGUGGCUGCCAUUGGAUUGAUGUGGCUUGCGAUGCAGGGCCUGUCCUGGAUGAAGGCUGACAGUUCUAGAAAGGAAUAUGGAUCUAUACCUUGGUACCCUACUCCAUUAGGAGGCAAGGAUGCUGCGUGGAAGGAGAGUUAUUCCAAGGCGCAGGGUAUGGUGGAGCUGAUGACGCUUGUGGAGAAGGUCAAUGUUACGACUGGGACGGGAUGGCAGAUGGGUCUUUGUGUUGGGAAUACUGGUCCCGCUGAACUGGCUGGAUUCCCAUCGCUGUGCCUUCAGGACGGUCCUUUGGGUUUGAGAUAUGCACAGAACAUCACUGCAUUCCCUGCUGGGAUCACCACAGGAGCGACCUGGAAUCGCGAGCUCAUGCGUGAGCGUGGUUUAGCUAUGGGGCUGGAAGCCCGUCUUAAAGGAGUGAACGUGAUCCUCGGACCUUCAAUGGGUCCGCUAGGCAUGAUGCCUGCCGGUGGUCGUAACUGGGAAUCUUUUGGAUCAGACCCUGUUUUACAAGCCGUGGCUGCUGCUGAGACAAUUCAGGGUAUUCAGCGCAACGGUGUGAUGGCAACAGCCAAGCACUUCGUUAUGAAUGAACAGGAACACUUCCGUCAGCCCUUCGAGUGGGGUAUCCCCACAGCACUUUCGUCGAACAUUGACGAUCGUACCUUGCACGAGGUCUUCGUUUGGCCGUUCGCCGAGAGCGUGCGCGCUGAUGUUGCCAGCGUAAUGUGCGCAUAUCAGCAGGUUAACAACAGCCACUCGUGUGAGAACAGCAAACUCUUAAAUGGAAUUCUCAAGGAUGAGCUCGGAUUCCAGGGCUUCGUGCAGUCCGAUUGGCUUGCUCAACGAUCAGGCGUGCAGAGUGCUCUCAGUGGUCUCGACAUGAGUAUGCCCGGGGAUGGCCUCCGUUGGGCCGAUGGUGAUCCGCUCUGGGGUCCCCAUUUAACUCGCGCAGUACUGAACGAAUCGGUUCCUGUGAGUCGAAUCAACGAUAUGGUCACCCGCAUUGUCGCUGCCUGGUUCCACUUCCGCCAGGAUCACUGGCACCGGCCUCCGCCGGAGAGUGACGGUGGCCCGAAUUUCUCUUCGUGGACCAAGGAGAGGGUCGGCGGUUUGCACCCAGGCAGCCCUGACGAUCUUACCAAGGAGGUAGUCAACCACUUUGUCGAUGCACAGGGCAGUGGAUCUCGGGCGCACUCCGUUGUGGCCCGCAAGGUGGCUGCAGAGGGCACUGUGCUGUUGAAGAAUGACAAUGAUACGCUUCCAUUCUCUCGCGAUGUAUCCAAACCCGAUGGAAAAUAUCGCAUUGGUAUCUAUGGGGAAGAUGCUGGUCCUGGCAAAGGACCCAACGCGUGCCCUGACCGGGGUUGCAAUCAAGGUACUCUUGCUUCUGGAUGGGGUAGCGGGGCGGUCGACUUUCCAUACCUGGUAACCCCCUGGGACGCUUUACGAUCCGCAUGGUCAGCAGAGACAGUAGAUGUGCAGGGAUAUUUGACCAACGGUGUGGCCGUGGAGGACGUGACGGAACAGGAUUUGUGCGUAGUCUUUGCCAACUCUGACGGAGGUGAAGGCUUCAUCAAGAAUGACGGCAUCGAUGGAGACCGCAACGAUCUAUUCCUACAGAGGAAUGGCAUCGCACUGAUCGAGCGUGUGGCCCGUCAUUGCGGAGGUGGCCGAGGCAAGACAGUCGUCGUGGUACAUUCGAUCGGCCCCGUCGUGCUUGACCCCUGGAUCGACCUGCCAGGUGUUCAUGCCGUCGUCUACGCCAAUCUCCCUGGGCAAGAAAGCGGGAAUGCCCUGGCCGAUGUGCUAUUCGGUGACGUUGAUGCCAGCGGACGCCUGCCGUACACAAUCGGACACUCUCUGGAGGACUACGGCCCGGGCGCGCAGGUGCUGUACGAGACCGGGGACCCCGUUCCUCAAGUCAACUUCGAACAGGGGCUGUACAUCGACUACCGGUAUUUCGACCAUUACAACAUCACGCCGCGAUACGAGUUUGGCUUCGGCCUGUCAUACACGACUUUCGACUUCUCAUCGCUCAAGCUCCAGCCAAUCCAGGACAAGUCGCGACUCCCCGGACCUCGUCCAGAGGAUGCAGCCAACCCUCCCAGUUACGAUGAAAACCCCGGGAAUCCCAGUGAUUCGAUAGUCCCUCACGGCUUCAAGCUUCUUGGGAAAUACAUCUACCCCUACCUCCUCAGCCAUUCCGGGACCAAGCCCGGCUCAUACCCCUACCCAGAAGGCUACAAGAAAAAGCAAAAGCCCUCAGAAGCAGGCGGCGGACCCGGAGGGAACCCAUCUUUAUACGAAGCCAUGCUCGAACUCUCCGUGAACGUAACCAACACUGGCACGCGUCCUGGCAAAGAAGUGGUGCAGAUCUACGUCUCCUUCCCGGACCACGUCCUCGAACACCGCGGGUUUGGCUGGGCCCGUGAGGAAAUCGACUUCCCCGAUCGCGUUCUCCGGAACUUCUCCAAGAUUGAGCUCAAUCCCGGCGAAACGAGGACGGUGAAUAUGACGUUGUCACGUAAGGAUUUAAGUUACUGGAGUGUUCGGGCGCAGAACUGGAUUAUGCCGACUGACGGUAAGUUCCGUAUCUGGGCUGGGAAGAGCUCGCGGGAUUUGCCGUUGGUAGCGGAGUUUUGA